UGGCACAAGAAUGAUUGUAAAGGAAUUAGGGGAUGAUAUUCUGAAGGUUGAGGUUGUAACCGGGUCAGUGGCUGGCUCAGGAACUAUUAUUUGCCUUUCACGAGUGUGGUGUGAUUACGAAGAUAAUAGAGAAGAUGGAGUUAAUUUCCGACGGUUGCAGUUUCCUGUUCGUCUUGCAUAUGCAAUGACGAUCAUGAAGGCCCAAGGCCAAACUGCAACAAGAGUUGGACUCGACCUCACACAUCAAGUGUUUGGUCAUGGUAAUCUAUAUACAGCUCUUUCGAGAGUUCGUACUGCUGAUUCAUUUAAAGUUUUUGCACCACAUGUUAAUGAAAAACAAACAACUAAGAGUAAAAUGAUAAAGAAUGUAGUCGCCGAUGGCUUAGAAUUCUUCUAAUGCCUUUUUGAAUUUUUCACGGACAUGUCUCACAAUGCUAUUCCACUGGCCUGGACAUAAUUACCCAGAGCCUUCGCCAACGUUUGCUUUAAAGUCGCCAAAUGGCGAAAAUGUUACUUUAUCUUAGCCUCUAAGACGCCUUUGGCGUGUGUUUACUUGAUCUUCAGCCUCUCGGUCGCCGAUG